UAGCUGAAAUUAGGUCUGCAUAUUUUUGCCAGCUGUUUUCUUACACACUCUACGUUAUAAGAACUUACCAUUGUAUUCUGUCAAAACAAAAACAUUCAUAUAAAAUAUUUUUAAAUUGUUCAUUUAAUUACAAUUUUAAGAAAAUGAAGCCUACCCUUGUAGCUGAUGAAAUGUUUCCUGAUGGUGCUGGUUCUUACAUUGAAUUGGAGGAGGUUGGUGGCAGUCGCUUAUUAGUUGAUCUUACUGCAAGUGAAAAAGCAGUACAUGCAGAUUUUUUCAAUGAUUUUGAUGACUUGUAUGAUGAUGAUGACCUGGAAUAAAGUGAUAUAAAUUAUUACAUCAUCAGUAACACUAUCAUACUUAGAAUGUAUUUCCCAUUAUCAACUUGUAAUAAGUAAUAAUAAUAGAACAUAUUAAUUAUAUUAA